AUGACUCUUGAAGACCCGGUUGGUUUAGUACUAAAUGUUCGUCAUUUCCCUCCAUCGUUAUAUUGCGUUUAUGCGAUAUGUGUAUUUUAUUACGUGGCUGUAUUCCCAUUUAUAGCUGCCGCGCAACUCUUUUUUGAGUCAAAAUACAAUUUAUCUCCUCAGUGGGCAAACGCUUGCAAUAGUUUAGUAUACUUUAUGUCAGCUAUUUUAUCACCAUUGCUUGGCUAUAUUGUUGAUCGUACUGGAAGAAAUAUUUACUGGCUUAUUGGCAGUAUUAUGGCAACAAUAUUAGCUCAUGCAUUAUUAGCAUUUGUAUUUAUCCAUCCCAUUGUGCCAUUAGUUAUUAUGGGUAUUGCCUAUUCAAUUUUGGCUGCAUCAUUGUGGCCAAUGGUUGCAUUUCUCGUACCAAAACAAUUAUUAGGUACAGCAUACGGUCUUAUGCAGGCAAUACAAAACCUUGGUCUUGCUGUUAUGAAUAUUUUUACUGGUCUCAUAUUGGAUUCAUACGGCUAUUUUUUAUUGGAAAUAUUUUUUAUUGUUUCUCUGGAAAUUGCAUUAUUAGCUGCCGCCUUUUUAUAUAUAUGGAAUUCAAUCAAAGGUGGAGUAUUAAAUGAUAGUACAAGUGUGCGAGGUAAACGAUUAGAAGAAAUUCAAUCAAAACGUGUGUCAUCACGAAGCGUAAAUUCGACAAUUAAUGCGCUUGUUAGUACAACGAGUGACGACGAUCAAACGAUCGAGACCUAA